AUGCCACCAAAGAAGAAGCCAGCGGCUAAGGGAGACGAGGGCGGUUCUAAAGAAGCAAAAGGUGGUACCACAGUAAAAGUACGACAUAUCUUGUGUGAGAAGCAGGUACGAACGUUUAAUAUUGGAUAUUAUCACAGGGGGUAACGGUUAUGCCUUUACGAGUGGGUAACGAUUUUUUGAUUUUGGGGAAUGAUUUGCAUAAGCGCCGUUGUUUUAAUUUUAUUUUUUAGUCGAAAGCGUUGGAGGCCAUUGAAAAGUUAAAAGCGGGUAUGAAGUUUAACGAAGUAGCAGCUCAAUAUAGCGAAGACAAAGCCAGAUCAGGCGUAAGUUGUUGAUAUCAUUGUCUUAUAGUUUAGGGAGACCUCGGAUGGAUGACCAGGGGAUCUAUGGUUGGCCCUUUCCAAGACGCAGCUUUCGCCUUGCCCAAGAGUACAACUGACAAACCCAUCUACACUGACCCUCCGGUCAAGACCAAGUUCGGGUACCACGUAAUCAUGGUCGAAGGAAAGAAAUAA